AUGAAGUACUCAAUUUCUUCUGGUCUCUUCUUGGCCGCCUCCCUGUCUACUGUCGAGGCGGAGCGUGUGGUUGGUGCUUACAUCUUUGCACGCCAUGGAGAUAGAACCCCCAAGGUCUUUGGUAGCACCCAAUUGACUGAUUUGGGUUACCGUGAAGUCUUUGAUGCCGGUUCAUUCUACAACCGGCGUUAUAUCUCCGACAACUCCUCCAGGCAGAUCGAGGGUAUCAACCCAGAGAUCGUCAGCUCAAAGCAGAUCAGUGCCACUGCUCCUUCAGAUGCUGUGUUGCAGAACUCAGCCACUGGAUUUUUGCAGGGUGUGUACCCUCCUGUUGGCACAGUAGCUUCCCAGACUCUGGCCGAUGGCUCCUCGGUCGAGGCACCCUUGGGCGGCUACCAGCUCAUCCAGCUGUCGACCUCGACUUCGAGCAAGAACAGUGAGGAUGCUACCUGGUUGCAGGGCGCCAGUGGCUGCCAGAAGGCAAUCUUGAGCAGCAACAACUACUUCACCUCGGAUUCUUACACUUCUCUGCUCUCCUCCACCGCGGAUUUCUACAAGUCCCUCUCCCCCAUGCUGGACGGAGCCUUCUCUUCCUCUCAAAUGACUUUCAAAAACGCUUACACCAUCUUCGACUACCUCAACGUCGGCAAAAUCCACAACACUACCUCAACUUUCCCUCACAAGUCUGACCUGACUAAAGAGGUCUACCAUCAGCUGAUCUCCCUGGCUGGCAGCCACGAGUUCAACCUGGCAUACAACGCAUCCGAAAAGGUGCGUGCCAUCGAUGGCGCCGUCCUGGCCGGUGAGAUAUUGGCCGGUCUCAACGACACCAUCGCCACAGAGGGCAAAUCUAAGCUGAAUGUCGGUUUCGGCUCAUACGGCACCAUCUUCUCGCUCUUCGGUUUGUUGCAGAUGCCUGCUGCCUCCGUCAACUUCACCGGUAUCCCAGACUACGCCUCGUCGAUGGUCUUCGAGUUAGUAACCAAUGCCACUGGCACUAGCUUCCCCUCGGCCUCUGACCUCAGCGUGCGCUUCAUGUUCCAUAAUGGUACUAUCACCGAAGGCGAUGAGCCCGCUAUUUACCCACUGUACGGCCAGUCCAGCGAGCUCCUUUCCUGGGAUGACUUCUCCAAGAAGACUAAGGAGAUAGCCGUGGCCUCCGAUGAGGAAUGGUGCAGCUUGUGUGGCAACACUGAUGGCAAGUGUGCCAGCUCUGAUGAUGCCACCACCUCCGGCUCUACCAGCACUUCUAGCACCAGUAGCUCAGGCAUUUCUCGUGCCGUGGCCGGUGUCAUUGGCGCUAUGGUCACCCUCGCUGUGAUCCUUGGUCUUCAGGCUCUAUUCUUCCUGGUUGGUGGAUUCCGCAUUGCUAAGCGGAACAUUGCUGGUCCUGAGAUGGCCUCACCUGCUGUUGUCGAGGUGGAUAAGAAGGCUUAA